GAGCAAAUAUUAUUAUAAAUGCAGCAGUGUGCCUACAGUUUUAAUUCAUUCGCCUGACAUCUACUCCUCUACGAAUGUGGACAGAUUCAUACACGAAUACUGGUGAGACGAACUGAACACGAUGGCAAAGAUUCAAGCAGUAUCCGUAUUUUUUGUAAUGCUAGCGACUUUUACGUUUGUCACAUAUACGACACAAAACGAACCUCCUGAAGAGCAACCAAGUCCUGGCACCCUGGAAUCCGAUAUGAAGUUAACAGAUGAACAACUCGGGGCUAUUGUAGCAAUUGUAGAGGCGGAGGCAAACGGAGUGGUUGAUAGAAAGGCUAAAGCCGAUCUUACUUAUCGUUGGCCAAAUGCCGAAGUGCCUUAUGCAAUAUCGGAUUCAAGUCGAAAUGAUGGUGGUAUAAUAAGAAAAGCGCUUGCAUAUUGGGAGAGCAACACUUGUAUUAGAUUCCCGCUAUAUAAUUCGGUCAACGCAAACCAACACAGAAUAGAAUUUAUAAAGGCAGACGGGUGCUGGUCGUGGGUCGGCGAUACCGGUAAACUCCCACAAAACAUUUCCAUAGGGGCUGGAUGUGAAUGGAGAGGAACUAUCGCUCAUGAAAUUGGCCAUGCAAUAGGAUUUUGGCAUGAACAAAGUCGUGACGACAGAGACAAUUAUGUUACAGUUCACUUGGGAAAUGUUAAAUCGGGUCAAGAUCAUAACUUCAAUAAAUAUACUGCAAACAAUGUUAACUCAUACAACGUGCCAUACGACGUUGGGUCUCUAAUGCAUUAUGGUCCCAAGUAUUUCAGCAAGAAUGGUUUGGAUACAAUAACAGCAAAUAAUCCAGAAGACCAAGAUAAAAUGGGCCAGGAUGAGCAUCUCAGUACUGCUGAUAUUCUGCUAGCUAAUAUAAUUUACGAUUGCCCAGGCAGGUAUAUUUCUGGUUAUUUGUAG